AAGUAGCUCGCGAGCCGGCUGAUGAAAUUGAACACGGAAGGCACCGAAGACGUUUCCCUCGGAACGACUGGCGCCGAGCGAGCCGAGGAGAAUGUACGAGGGUGACGUAGGCGAAGUGUCAUCCGAGGAACAGAUCGAAAUACACAGUGAGAGAGAGAGAGGUAGAGAAAAGGUGAGGCGACGCAGAGACGGAGUAGAUGUAAAUGGGUAUUACCGUGCGGAAAGAGAGGACGGGAACCUUGAGCGCGUGCGUUACUUAUCGGGGAGGAAGAGGACCGACGGCGGCCAAAUUGGAGUGAAUUCCGUCGCCGUUAUACCGAAACCGCCACCGCCGUACGCUGCGGGUGUCAUUCCGGAAAAACGUUCCGCUUCCACGCGCGACACCAGAAUAAUGGCUGUUUGGACCGGAAUUCGAGAGGGUACCGCGUGGCAAAGCGAGAGGGAUCGUGCGAUCGGGCGCGAGCGACUGUUUCGCAUACCCCGUUGGAUUUCACGUUUCGGCGAUUAACAUUUUCAUUAGUCUUAUUACCCGACGAGAGUGCGCCGUAUGGCGAUUAAGGUAUCGUCGCAGCUUCCGCGUAUCCGCUGCUGAACGAUCGAGAGAGGCGGAUGCGACGAUACGCGAGCGUAAUGAUCGAUCGGCCGCAAUGAAGUCGGGAGUGAUGGUUCAGUGAAAAUUUUUCCGCGGGAUGAUAAAAAAUAUAAUGGAAGAGCUCGCGUGAACAAUUGAAUCGGCUUACAUAAUCAUUACGAAAAACCGUUUACAUCCGGUUUUCUACUGCGUUAUUAUUCCGUGUAUAUUUCCCUCGUUUGCGAUUCUUUUAUCUAUUACGACAUUGCUCAAUAUUCCGCUGUAUCCCGCGGGGAGAAUGGGGCUCACAGAAAUAACGAUGCAUAAAAUAUUUCGUUCAUUCUAUUAUCUUCGCAUUUAUUAUCUAUACGUUCCGCAACGCUUGGCUCGCUUGCGAUUUGUAUCAAUGCCGAAAAUGUAACCAUAGCACGGCACGGAUAUUAACCAGCCCGGUUGAAUUUACAGCUCCAGCUCGGCAAUACAACGUUACGCGGCU